AUGCCGGCACUGUCGCAACGAGUACGAAGACGUCCAGCGGACGACAACGAAGAGGAGCCGCCACGGCACCGCCGUCGCCACCAGCCAGUCGAGGAGGAAGAAGAAGAAGAAGAGGAGGAGGAGGAGGAGGGAGAUGACGAAGCCGGGGGUGAAGACGACGAGGAAGUAGAGAUGGACCAUGACGAGGAGGAGGACGAAGAAGAAGAGGAAGAAGAGGACCAGAACGCACGGCGACGUGCACAACGGCAAAAGGAGAAGCAGAGGAAGCGACGAGAGGCCGAGCGGCGCCAGCAACGGACCGCCCGAAACGACGAAGACGACGACGACGAUGAUGGCGACGAAGACGACGAUGUCGCUGUCAAUGGAACAGAAACCCAGGCACAGGUUGACAGACAGCGGUUACACCACGAACUGUUGGCCAAGAAGCUGGCACGGUAUGCGUUGGCCAGCGAGCCGCGACGGCUGCCGAUCCGGCGACAGGCCGUGAAAGAGCAAGUCCUCGAAAACGAGGGAAAGCACUUUCGCAAGGUGUUUCCCAUUGCACAGGAACAGCUGCGCGGCAUCUUUGGCAUGAAUAUGGUGGACUGGCCCGCGCGCGAGAAGACGACGAUGACCAUGCGUGAGCGUCGGAAGGCCCUCAAAUCACAAAAGGCAACCAAGCCGACCAAAUCGGCCGCCGUCGACCGCUAUCUGCUCGUCUCGACGCUGCCCGCCGAAUACCAAGAAUGCGUCUUCACACCGAUCUUGUCCGACCCCGCUGCCACCGACAACAUCGAGCCGGCCAUCCCGCCUGCGCCGGACGCCGCCUACAUGGGGUUCUGUACAUUAGUUGUCGCCCUCAUCACGCUCAACGGUGGCGAAAUGUCCAACGAGGACCUGGAGAAGCUGCUGAGUCUCGUGCACGGCGGACGCAAUGCCCCUGCCCGCGCCGACGAAGAUUUCCUGCAGCCCAUUGCAGCCACCAUGGGCGACCACAUUGACGACGAAGACGGCCGUGGGGUCGGUGGUCCAUCAGAAGAUGGCACGCCCACAGCCGGCGGCACGCUCCAGCACAUGGUGCGGCAAGGCUACUUGCUUCGGGUGGUCGAAGCACCCGCCACGGCCGAGGGUCGGGGCCCUGUUGGCGGACGCGGUGCCGGUGCGACCGGCGGCGGUAUCCCAGCGGGCGCCAAGGUAAUAUGGCAUGUCGGCCCACGCGGCCAAGUGGAGAUUGGGCCGUCACAGGUGGCCGAUGUUGUGUAUCAUAUCUACGGCGAAGAUGCAAACGAGGAGUUGCAGCGGCGGCUGCUGUCGAGCCUGCAGAUGGCGGGCCACGCUGCGGGCAGUGAGCAGCAGGAGGCCCCUGCCAGACAACAAAGCGAGGAAGUGCCGAGCUUUGUUGCCUCCCGAAUCGAACGAAGCGACGACGGUGAAACAUUUGCCGCACCACACGGCACCGGACAGCAUCACACGGCCCUGGAACGACGCCGGAUGGAACCGGACCUGCUUAACCGGACGAUGGAUGCUGCCGAAUUUCAAGAGCCGCCUUCCAAGAGGCGUCGGUUCUCGCCCGAUAACGGCAGUGAAGCCGAUCACGAAGGCAGCAAAGCCCGGCUGGAUGAAAAGGAAAAGGAGAAUGCUCAGCGACUGCCGCAGCCGAAACGCCGCUUCUUCGACGAUGCCGUUGCCAUGCCCUCCCUUCCUCCCCCUCAGACCGCCGCCCAGCCGACCUCCUCCCCCGCCGCGAUGCCGACCAAUGGUGUCAAGUCCACAACGUUGCCAACGAAAAGCUUUACCCCGGCCAAGCCCUCGUCGCCGACACCCGCCUCUCGUCGACCAGCACAGUCAUCACCCGCCCGCCCAGGGCUGUCGAUGACUCCCUCCUCACCGUCGCUCUCGGCGUCGCCCUCGCCUGUUGGCCCGGUGCCGUUUGAUAGCGAACUGUUCGCGGGCAUUAUCGGCCAGGAAGUUGGCCCGGACGUUUUGCGGAUUAUUCGAGAGUCCUGUGGCAGUGACAUGGAGCGUGCCGUCAACAUGUACUUUGACGGGACUUACAAGCUCAAGAUGCAGGCGGCCGCAAGCCGGACGAAUGGUGUUGCAGUACGGCCCAAGGCCGCAUCUGCGUCGACCUCGGCCUCACUGUCAACCUCAUCUAAGCCCUCCAUCUCCAACCAGACGUCUGCCAAGACGUCGCCUCGCAAGUCUGUCCUGCAAAACCCCUCUGCCAUCCCCGAACGCCGCUACAUUGGCUGCUUCGGCGUCGAGGGCUGGGCCACCCGCAGCGGCGCCAAUUUGCUCAAACACGGUGACACCGUCAAGAUUGAGCGCCAGAAGAUCGAGCUGCCCACCAUUGCCGGGACCAAGCAAAGGGCCUCCAAGCUCGGCGCCUCCGUCGUCGUCCGCGCCAACUCGGCUGCCGCUAAGCGCGUAGACGUUAUUGUGCGCUUCACCAGCACCAGCGGCCAGGAGAUUGGCCGUUUGUCGAAAGACACCGCCAACUGGGUGUCGACGCUGAUGGACCAGCGCAUCUGCCGCUUCGAGGGCGUCUGUGUCUAUGCGCCCGAGCGGCUGCGGACCAACGACACUGUGGUGCUGCAGCUUCGAUCGUUCCUGCUGCGCUCGGCGUUUGACCAGACGCCGCUCAAGCCGGCUGAGAACCGCACCACGGGUCUGUUCGAGGAAAAGGAAACCGCCGAAGAGCGGGACCUGCGCCUGCGCCAGUUUGCUCUAGUGCGGCUGUUCCAAGAGGUCAACCUGCUGCCGACGCGCGUCAAUGAAGCCGCCGCCAAACGCGGCCGACAGGAUCUGUUGCAGGCGGCAGAAAUGGCCGAGAAGCGAGAGAAGGAGGCGGCCAAGGAGGGCUUGAGGCCGACCCAAGACAUUGGCUCCAGUCAAGCCCCGGGGGGGUCUGAUGAGCCGGAAGACGGCCAAGAGCUGGAGCAGGACCAGCUGGAUGCACUGUACGCCAAGGCACAGUCGUUUGAUUUUAACACGCCCGAGGCCGACCCCCCAGACACCUUUGCGCUCACCCUGCGCACGUACCAGAAGCAGGCGCUGCACUGGAUGCUGUCCAAGGAAAAGGACGAGAGCGUCGAAGAACGGGGCGAGUCCAUGCACCCGCUGUGGGAGGAGUACGCAUGGCCGUUGAAAGACAUGGACGACAAUGACCUCCCAACGGUUCCUGACCAAGCCAGCUUCUACGUCAACCCGUACUCGGGUGAUUUGUCGCUCGACUUCCCCGCCCAGGACCAACAUUGCCUGGGGGGCAUCCUGGCCGACGAGAUGGGUCUGGGCAAGACCAUCCAGAUGCUGAGUCUCAUCCACUCGCAUAAAUCGCCCAUCGCUAUAGAGGCACAGCAGCAGAAGCGGCAGCAGGCAGAUGGCAAGCUGACUAGCCUCGUCGGCGGCCUGCGCCGCAUCCGCACCCGGCUGCCCAACGUUGUCCACGCGCCAUGCACCACGCUUGUUGUUGCUCCCAUGUCGCUUCUCGCGCAGUGGCAGAGCGAGGCCGAGAACGCGUCCGUCGAAGGCACGCUCAAGUCCAUGGUGUACUACGGCAGCGACAAGUCGGCCAAUCUGCAGGCCCUGUGUGCGCCAGACCAGGCGGCUACGGCGCCCGAUGUUGUCAUCACCAGCUACGGCACCGUCCUCUCCGAGUUCACGCAGAUGUGGGCCAAGGGGGGCGGCGGCCCUGAAGGCCACCCGGGCCAGGGCCUGUUCUCGCUCAACUUUUUCCGCAUCAUCCUCGACGAGGCGCACACCAUCAAGAACCGCCAGUCCAAGACUGCCAAGGCCUGCUACGCGCUGCUGGCCGAGCACCGCUGGGUCCUGACCGGCACGCCUGUCGUCAACCGCCUGGAGGACCUGUUUAGCCUGAUUCGCUUCUUGCGUGUCGAGCCCUGGAACAAUUUCUCGUUUUGGCGCACCUUCAUCACAGUACCCUUUGAGUCCAAGGACUUUAUGCGCGCGCUCGACGUUGUGCAGACCGUGCUGGAGCCGCUGGUCAUGCGGCGCACCAAGGACAUGAAGACGCCCGACGGGCAACCCUUGGUGGUCCUGCCCACCAAGCACAUGGAGAUUGUCCCUGUCGAGCUCUCCAAGGUGGAGCGCGAGAUCUACGAUCACAUCUACAUGCGCGUCAAGCGGUCCCUGACCGCCAACGUCGAGGCCGGCACCGUCAUGAAGUCCUUUACGAGCAUUUUUGCACAGGUUCUGCGGCUGCGGCAAGUCUGCUGCCACCCCGUGCUCGUGCGCAACAUGGACAUUGUUGCCGACGAGGUCGAGGCCGGUGCCGCAGCCGAUGCCGCAGCCGGUCUUGCCGACGACAUGGACCUGCAGUCGCUUGUCGAGCGCUUUACGGCCACGACGGACGAACCCACGGACGCCAAUGCCUUUGGGGCCCAUGUCUUGGGACAGAUCCGCGACGAGGCUGUGAACGAGUGCCCGAUUUGCAGCGAAGAGCCCAUGAUCCAGCAGACCGUCACGGGCUGCUGGCACUCGGCCUGCAAGGCGUGCCUCCUCAAGUACAUUGACCACGAGACCGACCACCACCGCCUGCCGCGCUGCUUCCAUUGCCGCGAGGUCAUCAACCGGCGGGACCUGUUCGAGGUUGUGCGCCACGACGACGACCCAGACACCGUCGCCGGGCAGCCGCCACGGAUCAGCUUGCUGCGCGUCGACGUCAGCGAGUCGUCCGCCAAAGUGGUGCGCCUGAUCCAGCACCUGCGCGACCUGCGCCGCGCGCGGCCCACCAUCAAGUCGGUCGUCUUUAGCCAGUUUACGUCGUUCAUGUCGCUGAUUGAGCCCGCCCUGCGGCGCUCAAACAUGAAGUUUCUGAGGCUGGACGGCACCAUGGCCCAGAAGGCGCGCACAGCCGUCCUCGACGAGUUUCGCCAGUCCGACAAGUUUACCGUCUUGUUGUUGAGUCUGCGGGCCGGCGGCGUCGGCCUCAACUUGACGACGGCCAAGCGCGUGUACAUGAUGGACCCGUGGUGGAGUUUCUCGGUAGAGGCGCAGGCCAUUGACCGGGUGCACCGUAUGGGCCAGGAUGAGGAGGUGAAGGUGUAUCGGUUUAUUGUGCAGGGCAGCGUCGAGGAGAAGAUGCUCAAGAUCCAGGACCGGAAGAAGUUUAUCGCCACCUCGCUGGGCAUGAUGACGGACGAGGAGAAAAAACUGCAGAGGGUCGAGGACAUCAAAGAGCUUCUCAGUUAA